CGCCCCGGCACGCCCCCGGCCUUUUCCCCACUACUCCCUCUCUAUCCAAUCCAAUCCAAUCCAUCCUUCCAUCCAUCCUUCCAUCUCGCGCGCCCCCAGCAGCGACGGCGAUUCUCUCUAGCCCCACCCAUCUUCCGCCUCGUCCUAGGGAGAAAAUCCCGCCCCUCCGCCGCCCCUCCGCCGCCCCUCUCCGCCCCGCUCCGCCCCCGAAACCCUAAAGCAAUGUCGGGAGGGUUUUUCCGAGGUACUUCCGCGGAUCAGGACACGCGGUUCUCGAACAAGCAGGCGAAGCUCCUCAAGACGCAGAAGUUCGCUCCGGAGCUGGAGUUCCUGGUGGACAUGACGAAAGUGAAGAUGGAUGUCAUGAAACCUUGGAUUGCCACCAGGGUGACUGGGCUUCUAGGGUUUGAAGACGAGGUCCUCAUCAAUUUCAUAUAUGGACUCCUGGAUGGGAAGGAGGUUAAUGGAAAGGAGGUUCAGAUACAACUCACAGGAUUUAUGGAGAAAAACACUGGCAAGUUUAUGAAAGAACUCUGGACUCUUCUUAUCAGUGCGCAGAAAAAUGCAAGCGGUGUGCCUCAGCAGUUCUUAGAUGCCAAAGAGGAAGAAACUCGGAAGAAGAAGGUUGAAGCCGACCUCGUUGCUGAUGAAAUUCGGAAGAAAAGAGACAAGGAAAGUAGAGAAUUUGAACAGGAGAAAUCAGAGAGGAUGGACGGUGUGGUAGAGAUGAAGGCUUCAAAUGAUGACCUGGAGAAGGACUUCAUGUCUUCAAGGGCCUCAAAUGCCCGUCGGGAUGGUAAAAAUGAUAAUGGAAGGAGGGGUGCUUCAAGAAGAAGCCAUGAAGUUUCUAGAUCUCCUCGAUCGGUGGACCAUUCCUCUUCAUCCCCUCGAGCUUCACCUUCUAGGUCAAUCAGCAAGUCAUUGUCUAAAUCCAGGAGCUAUUCAGAUGAAAGACGCAGGUCAAGGAGUAUCUCUGCAUCACGACAGAGACGUAGCCGUUCAAUUUCUUCUAGUAAGGUGUAUCGUUCUCCUCGAAGAAGGUCUAUGACACCUCGUCGGAGGUAUUCUCCUCGGAGAUCCCGAUCUCCGAGACGAGGAGCGUCUUUUUAUAGGCGGAGAUCGAUAUCUCCUCCGCAUCGCAGGUCACCAUCUCCUGUAAGGCGUAGGUUGCGUUCACCUCCUCGACAUAGGUCACGUUCUCCAAUGAAGCGUGAGAUCUCCGCCUCCUGUCCGGCGUCGAAGAUCUCCAUCUCCUGUCCGGCGCCGUAGAUCUCCAUCUCCUGU